GCGGCGCUCCCCGCGCAUGCGCCCUGACAGCCCGGACAUGGCGGCGCCCGAGGAACCGCUAAGGAGGCGGAAAGUGAGGGAGACUGGCCCGGAGCCUGGGUCUUCGCCGGGGCCGGGGCGCGACCCCGCGGGCGGCCCGUCCCAUCUCCGCGCGGGCACCUUCUGGCUGACUAGGAUUGUGCUCCUGAGGGCCCUCGCUUUCGUUUACUUUGUGGCGUUCUUGGUGGCUUUCCAUCAGAACAAGCAGCUGAUUGGAGACAGGGGACUGCUGCCCUGCAAAACCUACCUGAAAAGCGUACAGCGACACUUCCAGGGGCAGAUCGGCUGGGACACCAUGAGCUACACCCCCACUGUCCUCUGGCUGCUCGACUGGUCACACAUGGACUCCAACCUGGAUGCCCUCGCACUGCUCGGGCUAGGCAUCUCGACUUUCAUCCUGGUCACCGGCUGCGCCAAUAUGGUUCUCAUGGUCGCACUCUGGGUCCUCUAUAUGUCCCUGGUCAAUGUGGGGCAGAUCUGGUAUUCAUUUGGAUGGGAGUCCCAGCUGCUGGAAACGGGGUUCCUGGGAAUUUUCCUGUGCCCUCUUUGGACUCUGUCUCAACUGCCCAGGGAGACCCCCACGUCCCGGAUCGUUCUGUGGGGAUUUCGGUGGCUGAUUUUCAGAAUCAUGCUCGGAGCGGGCCUGAUCAAGAUCCGGGGGGACCAGUGCUGGCAGGACCUCACCUGCAUGGACUUCCACUACGAGACGCAGCCGGUGCCCAACCCCGUGGCCUACUUCCUGCACCGCUCCCCAUGGUGGGUCCACCGCUUCGAGACGCUCAGCAACCACUUCCUAGAGCUCGUGGUGCCUUUCUUCGUCUUCCUCGGACGGCGGAUGUGCGUCCUCCAUGGCGCCUUACAGAUCCUGUUCCAGGUGGUCCUCAUCAUCAGCGGGAACCUAAGCUUCCUGAACUGGCUGACCAUCGUGCCCAGUGUCGCCUGCUUCGAUGAUGCCACCUUGGGGUUUUUAUUUCCCUCUGGGCCUGGCGGCCUCAAGGACCAAGUCCUGAAGAUGCAGAAGGAGAAAGCUCGGGGAGCCCAGCCUACGCUUAGAUACGGCUGCGUGGUGCGACAGGCGGUCAACCUGGCCCUGGGCGUCCUGGUCGCCUGGCUUAGCAUCCCCGUGGUCCUCAACUUACUGAGCCCCAAGCAGGUCAUGAACAGCUCCUUCAACCCCCUCAGAAUCGUCAACACAUACGGGGCCUUUGGAAGCAUCACCAGGGAGCGCACAGAGGUCAUCCUGCAGGGCACGGCCAGCCCCAACGCCAGUGCACCAGACGCGGUGUGGGAGGACUACGAGUUCAAGUGCAAGCCAGGCGACCUGAGGAGACGGCCAUGCCUCAUCUCCCCUUACCACCACCGCCUCGACUGGCUCAUGUGGUUUGCAGCCUUCCAGACCUACGAGCAGCACGAGUGGGUCAUCCACCUGGCGGGCAAGCUCCUGGCCAACGACGCCGACACUCUGUCCCUGCUGGCCCUCAACCCCUUUGCAGGCAGGGCCCCCCCAAGGUGGGUCAGGGCCGAGCACUACAGGUACAAGUUCAGCCGCCCUGGGGGCCUGCACGCCGCUGAAGGCAAAUGGUGGAUCCGAAAGAGGCUGGGCCCCUACUUCCCUCCACUCAGCCUCCAGGACCUCAGGGACUACUUCAGGUCGCGGGAGUGGCCGCACCCGGAACCGAAGUAGUGGGGCCCAGGGCCUGUGCACCCGAAAUAAAGUGGAAAGACCUUGGCACCCCAGCGUUGGCUCCUGCGCCGAGAUGUCCAGGAAAGCAAACCCACAGAGGAGAGGUGGGGGCCGCUGGGGGUUGGUGGGGGCCCCCAGCUGUCCUCACCUCCCACAUUUGGUCCCCAGGCAACCCCAAAGCCCCUACCCCACCCCCAGUCAUCUCCCUUGUCACCAGGCCCCCAAGACAUCGGUGUCCCAUGGGAGCUUCCAGCUCUGAUCAGUCUUGGACCACCAGUACCCACUGCAUGGGGCCUCGGCUCCCCACAUUGGCCACAGCCUGGCCCAGGGGUCCCUCGAGGUCCCUGGCACCUGGGGUACUGGUCGACAGCCAGGCGCAUACCCCCCAGCAGCCGAGCCCCAUCAUGUGCCGUGUGUUUGGUGCAGUUAUAAGGAACCCUCCCUUCUCUCCUCUCCUCUCCACACCCCCGGGUUGGCUCCCCCACCAUCCACCCCCCCACCUCAGAGCCCUUCCUGGCUGGCCUGGGCCCCGCUUUCUUCCCCAACGAGCAGCGUCCACAAGCAUGGACAGAAGCCCUUUGUCCACCCUUGGGUGGGCCACUCCCAUCGGACCCUGAGAGGCUGCGCCUCUUUCUCCUUUGUGACCACAACCCCCCAACGCACACCACGGGCCUCCUGCACCCUGACCUGCAGGGGGGUGGUGGGGGGAGGGAGUGGACACAGCAGAGUGGUCUGCCCAGCCUGGGAGCUAGGGCAGCAGGGACUGCACGGUAGAGAUUCUGAGGCCCAGUUGUCAGAAGUUAAACUGGCUUAUUUUUUGCUUGGCAAUCCUGGGGCCCCAGUGCAGUGAAAAGUGGGGUGCAGCUGAGAACCGUCACAGCCUGAUGUGAGCUGGGAGUGAACGGGCUGCUGUCCCGCUGGCAAACAGCACAGCCCCAGCCCUGGUCAGCCAGGUCAAGGGGUCCUGGGGGUGUGGGAGCUGGUUCCACCCAGGGGGCAGCGGGCUGCGGGGUCCUCCCUUCUCCCCUGGCCUGGCAAGCGCCAGGGGGAGUGGCCACCCACCCCUUCCGCUCCAUCCCCAAUGUCCAGGGCGCCUGGCUGCACUGCGGAGGGUCCCAGUGGGAAAAAGGUGUUCAGGCCAGGAGGCCGGGAUGAGGUGGGCACAAGUGUGGGUCUGUGUGGAGCGCCCCCCACCGCCUGGGGGGCCAGCCCAGGUGCCAACAGAGAGGCCGUGUUCCUGCUCCCAGGGAAACAGGCGUCCUGUGUCUGGCUGGACAGACGGGGCCUCAGACAGGGAGCCUGGAGCCAGCAAGUCUACCCACAGCAGCCAAGCGCCGGCCGCUGUGCCUGGGCAGCCCUUCCUGGGGGGCCGUCCUCGGGGCUGUGUGGAUGGUGGGAGCAGCAGGGAGCCUGAGGAGACCCUGCGUCUUGCUUCCACGCUGCCAGCCCAGAGCCGCAGGUGGCCUCCCUGCCAAGAGCCAUGGUGUGUCCUCACUGCUCCCCAUCCCUGCUCAGCCCGCUCUGGGCUUGCUGCCACCCGGGGCCCAGCACCCCUGACUGUGGGCUCCUCUCUGGCCUCCAGUCAGCCGUGCCCCCCAAGCAAGCCUGGAGCCAGUAGCAGAGUGACACAGGGGGCCUAUUGGCUCAGGGACACCUCAGGAAUCAGGCAGUCCCACACCAGUCCUGGGACAGGACAAACAUCCGCUCACCGGGAGGUGUCACAGGUGGCCACAGAUCCAGGUUGUGAGGGCGCAGUGGCCAGCGUGAGGCUCCACCCCUGACACAGGAGGGCCCAUCAGGCCUGCUCCCCGGCAGCCCCUCCCCCUUCCAGAGGCUCCGGUGUCAGCAGCCCUGGAGCCUGUCCUGAGGCCACACCCUCCUGUUGACGGGGGUCAGAUGCACCCUUCCAACACUCAGAACCGUCCCAUGGUCCACCUCCCGAGCA